AGCCGGGAACAAGGGCAGCUCGCUGGAUCCCGCCCGGGCUCACUCUGACCGAGGCAGCCCAGCCGCAAGUGCUUCCCUCCGGCUCUGAUACUCGUUUGUGGUUUUUUUUUUUGGGGGGGGGAGGCGAAAUCCCUGGCUCACUCUCUCCUCCCUCCACCACACACUUCCCCCUCACUUGUGCUGGCAGCAGGGAAGGGAUCCAGUGAAAAUCAAACGCCGCCAGAGGGGCUUGCGCCGGACCAUUUCCAGGCCGGAUCCCAGCACUGCUGCCAAACCGAUGCAUGAAAAAGCAGCUCCCCUGAAGAGCCCUGAGCCCAUGCACGGACGUGAGAAACUGGAAGCAUCGCACAAGGAGAAGAGUUUGGAUUCCCUCGAUGGCAGCCUCCACCUGAACGAAGCCCUGAAAGAUGAGGACAUCAAGAAAUGCCACCGGGAAGUGGCCGCUAGCAAGUACAACUCCCAGUACCACAAGCUCUUCAAGGACAUCCCGACGGAGGAGAGCGUGCUAAAAGUUUGUUCCUGCGCCCUCCAGAGAGACAUCCUCAUCCAGGGAAGGCUUUACAUCUCCCCCAACUGGCUCUGCUUCUACGCAAACCUUUUCGGGAAGGACAUCAAGGUUGUGAUCCCGGUGGUCUCCGUACAGCUGAUAAAAAAGCACAAGACGGCUCGGCUGCUGCCCAAUGGCUUGGCCAUCACCACCAAUGCCAGCAGAAAGUACAUCUUUGUGUCCCUUAUCUCCCGCGACAGCGUCUACGAUGUCCUGAGGAGAGUCUGCACGCACCUGCAGGUUUCAAGUAAGAAGAGCUUGAGUUUGAAGGAGCUGACGGAGGAGCCCGACACUGUGUCACUGGAGGUGAUUGUUCCUGAGGGCAAGUGGAGGAAGGUGUCACCCGCUUCACUGUCACUGUCAUUGCCGGACGCCAACUACCAGUGCAUCCACCGGACCUCUGUCAGCAGCCUGAGUACCAAGGAGAGCUCCUUCACCUCUGAGGAGCCCUUGGUUUCGGAAUGUGCAAUAAACACCGAGGAGGAGCUGGAGGUGGAGCAAAGCUGUGUGGCAGAGCUGAGACCUUCCGACUACCAGCUCCUGAAGAUCUUCAUCGUGCUCAUCUGCCUCCUGGUUGUGUCUUCCUCAUACCUGGCAUUUCGCAUCUUCCGUCUGGAGCAGCAGCUCUGCUCUCUGAACCGGGACUACCUCUCCCGCGGGCACAGGAGGUGACUGUUACCCCCAGCGCUGGCAGAGGAUGGAUGCCAAAUGCCGAGACAAUGCCCCCCUGCAAACGGAUCCCGGAGCUGCAUCCUCCUGGCCAUGGCUGUUGCACGUGGCCUGGCUUUCCCUCAGCUGGUAAAAUGGGACCAAGUAUCUUCUCUCUUCCUACUGGCACCCACUCCUGGUGGUACCACCCAGCUGGCUCACAGCCACUGGUGCCAACUCCCUGUCCCACUGGAAACCCAUUUUCUCCCUGGGAUGCUGCUGUGCCGUAGCACCGGAUGACAACUUGGGGCUGCUGAGCAGUUGGACCUCCCCUUAGCACUUGCUGCUAAAACGGGUGCCAGUUUUUAUACCAGACUUGGGUUUUUCUUGUUAAAAGAAGACCUUAGGCUCGCCAAGAACCCCCAGAAAUGUGGGAUGAGUUACUGCUGCUGCUCCGGGUGAAGCCCGGGCAGUGGCUCUGGGCUCAACCCACCUGUUUGUCCCCCUCUCAGUACCCAUGGGGCCACGUCUGGAGGAAUGGCCCCAACCCCGAGGGUUUGAGGGGAUGGGGAGAAAGGGGCUACCAGCCCUGUUGGGGCAUAAUCUAUCCCAGCACCCAAGGGUGGGGAUGCAAUCCAGGGCUCCCCCAGCACCGCUGGGCUCUGUACCAGCCCCCAUCCCAUCUCUCCUGGAGCACUGGGGCAUCCUAGGGGGGUGUGUGUGUGUGCAUCUGUGUCCCUGCAAAGCACUUUAGGGUCCCCCAGACCAGACGUCCUUGCUGGGGACCUCACCUGGGAACGGUGCUGGACCAGGGCUUUGUUAGCCCCCUUUGCCUCGUUAAGACACCCUCAAAGGAGCCCACAGCUGGCACCAGUGAA